AUGUUGAUCCACACUGGAGAGAAGCCAUUCAAUUGUGUUCAAUGUGGGAAGAGCUUCACAAACAAACAUCAUUUUGAGAUUCACAUGAGAGUUCAUACUGGAGAGAAGCUGUUCACAUGUGGUCAGUGCGGGACGAGUUUCACACACAAACAAAGUCUUGAGCUUCACAUAAGGAUCCACACUGGGGAGAAGCCAUUUACAUGUGAUCAGUGUGAAAAGAGAUUCUCAAGCAAACAAAGUCUUGAGAUUCACAUGAGAGUUCAUACUGGAGAGAAGCCGUUCACAUGUGAUCAGUGUGGCAAAACAUUUCUUGGGUCAUCAGACCUGAAGAGACACCUGAGAGUUCAUACGAAGGAGAAGCCAUAUUCAUGUUCUGUGUGUGGAAAGAGUUUUUCACUGCCGUGUAGUUUAAAGGAACAUGAGAAAAUACACACUGGUGUGAGAGAGUACAUGUGCUUUCAGUGUGAGAAGACUUUUAUUACAUCAAACCAAUUAAAACGGCACCAGAGAAUUCACACUGGAGAAAAACCUUACAUGUGUUCACACUGUGACAAGAGAUUCAGUCAGUCAUCAAAUCUGAAAGCACAUGAGAGGAUCCACACUGGAGAGAAGCCGCACACGUGUGAUCAGUGUGGAAAGAGUUUCUCUAUUAAAAGUGACCUGAAGAAACACAUGAAGAUCCAUGCAGUGGAGAAACCACAUCACCGCAGUCUGAGAUCACAGUAAGUAGUUCAGCUUUAUGUGCUGAACAACAAAAUCUCUUCUGUGUAAGUCACAGCCAAAUCAUCCUGUAACCCAACACUGUUAACCAUCCUUCGGAUCAGAUAUUUAGCCCAGAACACACUAACAUUAAUUAAUAUUAAUUAUUAUUAAUGUCUGUUAUAAAUUAAAUGUUUUUUGUCUGAACUACCAGAAAGCAUCUGGAAGGAGAGGACAGAGAGAUCCAGUGAUCCAGAACCUGCAGAAUGAAACGUCAUGAUACUGAAGAACAAAGAGACCUGAUGGACAUGAACCAGAAAGGAAAAACAAACCAAAAAACGCAUAUGCUCUAAGUGUAAAAACACAUCACAUUUAAAUCAAGGCUGAAGAUUCACAUGAGAGUUCACACUGGGAAGAAGCGGAUCAAGCUAGAUCAUCUUCAGAUCCAGCAGUGACACCAAACGUGACACAAUAAAGCAUCUCUUCCAUAGAAAUCUGUCCUGAUCAGCUGCAGCGAGAGACACGACAAACAAACAUCAUCUUCCGGAGUUUGUGUUAAUGUUCGUAAUGAAUUUCCAUCACUCAGUUCUCUUUCACGAAGGAAAGCAGGAGUUUCUUAAAUGAAGUAUUCUUGUGCUCUCACAGUUCAGGAGCUGAAGAAGAGACAUAACGCUUUAAGAGAAACAUGAAUCCGAUAUUAAUUUGAACUCAUUCUUCAUUGUUU